AUGGGAUUCCGUCUCACAACAUGGAAUGCUAAUGCAUCCGAAAGAAAUCCAUUUUCCUAUGAGCCAUGGAGAGGCACACGUACUUUCGAGUCUAUGUUUGACAUCCUGGAAGCGGACAUCGUGGUACUCCAAGAAGCCAAGAUUCAACGCAAAGAUCUUCGAGAUGACAUGGUCCUCGUCCCUGGGUGGGACUGUUAUUUCAGUCUCCCACGAGUCAAGAAAGGCUACUCGGGUGUGGUGAUUUACACGCGCAAUGCGACAUGCGCUCCUAUUCGGGCAGAAGAAGGCAUCACCGGGGUGCUCUGCCCACCAAACUCAUCUGUGCCGUUCUGCGAGCUUCCCGAUGACGAGCAGAUUGGAGGCUAUCCCACUGAAGAUCAGCUUUCCAGGCCAAAUCUUGCCCCCAACGUUCUUGAUUCAGAGGACGAGGAGGGCAAUGGCUCAAACCCGACACCCGAUGCUAAGAUAGAUGCGGCAACUCUUGACUCUGAAGGUCGCUGCGUCAUCCUCGAAUUCCCUGCGUUUGUUCUCAUCGGCGUUUACUGUCCGGCUUAUCGCGACGAGAGCCGGGAUAGCUUUCGCAUGGAUUUUCUCAAUGCCCUGGAUUCUCGCGUCCGCAACUUGACACAGAUGGGGAAACGAGUGAUUGUCACUGGCGAUAUCAACAUUUCCAAGCAGGUCAUCGACACUGCCCAUGGAAUCGAGAGCAUAAAGAAGACUGCAAUGACAGACGAAGAAUUCAUAUCCAGUCCCGCUCGGCGGUUGUUUAACCAGCUGCUGCUGGAUGGCGUGGUUAUCGGGGAGCGUGAGGAAGGACGAGAAAAACCGGCUCUCUUUGAUGUCUGCAGAUCAUUCCAUCCCGAUCGCGCUGGCAUGUAUACGUGCUGGGAUCAGAAGCUCAAUGCUCGGCCCGGUAACUUCGGCUCGAGGAUCGAUUAUGUGCUAUGCAGCGUUGACAUGCAGGAUUGGUUCUCAGACUCCAACAUCCAAGAAGGAUUGAUGGGCUCGGACCACUGUCCUGUCUACGUGGUGUUCAAAGAUUUUGUUCACCAGUCCGGAACUAAGACUCAUAUUCGCGAUAUCCUCAAUCCUCCGGGGGCCUUCCACAAUGGUGAGCGCCAGCAGGAGUAUUCAAGCAAAUUGAUGCUGCCAGCAUCAGGGCGUCUGCUACCGGAAUUCGAUCUCGAUAAACGCAGAAGCAUCAAAGACAUGUUCUCACGCAAACCCACCCCGGGCCCACAAAAGCCGGUCGACAAGCCUUCUACGCUAGCUGUUACAGCCGAGACUGAAGCCACGAGGUCCCAAUCCAUCGCCACGGCAUGCUCCAGCCCUCAUGAUCUGCCACAAAAGGCUCCCACUCUCAACACAAAGGACAACACACUCAGUCCCCGCAAGCGAUCUCAGCCUUCGUCUACCGCGCCCUUGAAGCGAUCGAAAUCAUCCGCAACAACAUCCUCUGCAAGCUCUCAGAGUGGCCAGAAGACAUUGAAGGGCUUUUUCAAACCGAAGGUUGUGGACAAUAAAGAAUCUGUUGUAUCGUCGGCGGCUUCUGUGGGUCUACAAGUAUCAUCUUUCAGCCCGGGAGCAUCCACUACGUCACCAAGCAAGACCGGUGUUGCCCCCACUGGUUCUCAGAGCUCUACGAGUGUUGAAAAAGACCACGGUGCAUCUGCUCCGUCUUCGCAAACUGGUACAUGUACCAACGAUGAAUUUGUGGUCGACCCGAUCGUCAGCAAGGAGGACUGGACGAAGCUCUUCACGAAGAAGCCGGUCCCCUCGUGUGAUGGGCACCAAGAGCCAUGUAUCAGUUUGACCACCAAAAAGCCCGGGAUGAAUCGCGGACGCUCGUUCUGGAUCUGCCCGCGGCCGUUGGGGCCUAGCGGAGAAAAGGAGAAAGGCACGCAAUGGCGAUGUUCUACUUUCAUCUGGGCCAGUGACUGGAACUCGUCGGCGGGAUCGCAGCUAUAG